GGGCGGGCAUGGUGGCAGUGCGCUGUGUUGGGGCUCGUAGGAUGUUUGCAAAGGAUCUUGAAGGAAGAUCUAGAAGGGGUUCUUGCGGCUCCUUACCGGUGGUGCUCUGGAAGCUUGAAACGUGUCUGUGAUUUCCCUUUUUGUGAUGACCCUCGUCCCCGUUGCUGUAAAUAUCUUUUUGCUCCCAGUGAAUGUGCUGUCCCCUCUUUGCUCGUGUUCGAUUUUUAAAAGUUGACGGAGCUCGGAAAGAAAGUGCAAAGUAUCCUUCGGUGGCAUAGAAUUAGGAAGGAUUAAAGUGCGUCGAAGCCUCACGUGGCCGUCGUAGUAGUGAGGAAGGUCGUUCCGUCUGACGCAUCCUGGUCGUAGUUGACGAGCGUCUUGUGACCCUCUUACCCUGUGCAAGAACCGUGCCUCCCUCACCACGUGGUCCAGGGAGAAGGCGGGCACGGGCAGGGGUGGAGGGGCAGGCCAAGGAGAGGCUAGUGCCUGUUUAUCAUCAACUUCACCGUCUGGUGGCGAGCCAAGAAGACCCUCGUGUGAGCGUGGGCGUUGAGGGUAGACAGAGAGUAGACCCUGUGUAGGCGCGGAGAUAGCCCAAGUAACACAGUUGAUGUUACAUCGAAUGCAAUUGUCGUCAUCCCUUCUCUAUAAUAGUGGCCAUAUCCAACCCCAGCACUGGCAUCAGCGCCUCGACGAUAUCGACGUCAUCAUCGUCAUUUUCACAUCAUCACUUUUUUUUACCAUAGCAUCGAGCCGUCAAUUCACCCAGCUGCACCCGUUAACAUCGCCCUCAGUCGUCGCCCUGGGAUAUGCGAAAUAUAGAAAAUGGACAUAUGCAGAGUGUAUGUAGGACAUAUUUACGGCGCCAGGAAGAGAUGAAAUACCUGUUCAGUCAGCGUCAUUAAGAGCUGAACACCUGUUUCAUUUUUACUAUCAAACAUCUGUUGGGAGAAGAGCAGGUGUCGGCGCGCAAGGACAGGAUGGUCUCGACGCUGCAUAUCACGCUCAGUUACAACAUGCCCCCCGCGCAUGCCAUAGGUCGGAGCGCAUCGUGCGAGGAUGCGAAUCGGAUAGGCCUCGUAGCUUCCGCCGGGGGAUUCCCGGCCAAGACAACAUCCUUCUCGUCCUCCAACGUCGCGGAGGCCAAGCGGUUCCUCGGAGGCUCGAAGCCUAUCUCUUCCUCCAGAAUCUCGAGUGCAACCACAGGUCCAGGAGGAUAUCCUUUAAGAAAUUCGUCCCGCUCGACCUCUAACGUGCCGAGUGUCACGGCGGCGGAAGGAUUCGGUACCAAGACGACCUCGUUCUCCUCGUCCAACCUCCCCUCCGUAACGGUCCCUGGAGGCAUAGGCAACAGGGCCACAUCCUUGUCUUCCUCGGACAUCCCGGUUUGCACGGUUGGGAAUCGACCUCUCUCAAGUAGCAGUAAUUUCCUCCUGGCACCCACGCCGUACACGCCUUCCAGCGGCGCCCUGAGGUCGCCCUCCUGGUCGCCCGUCAGAUUCAACCCCUCCAAGCCGUUGGCCGCCCAAGGCACGAGCGGUCCAGCGCCUUCUGCCAAGCCUGGGAUCGCGACUUCGGACGAGACGAAAUGCCAGAGUCAGACUGCAAGUCACGCGAAGACGCCAGCUCCAGCCCAGCCUGCGGCGUCAUCGGCGACCUCGGCCAAAUCCAGGGGUCAGAACCAGGCCACGACCUCAGCAAAGACGUGGGCCAAGACGAGAGGUCAAAGCCAGGCCGCUGCUCAAGCUGAUUCCAACGAAGUUCCGCCAUGGGUUAAAGUGCGAAAGAACCAGGUCACACUUCCAUCAACAACAUGGGUGAAGUCAAGGCCUGAGAGUCAGGCAACACCUGUAGCCAGCGAGGCCGCGACUCAAGGCGCGAAGCAUGUCCCGGCACAGGUGCCGACCGCCGCGACCGCCCAGCCGACCAUGCAGGCCUUGAACUGGGCCUCGACGAGAGGCAAAAACAAGGCCAAGACCCCGACGUCGCCUCAGGGACCGACUGAGGCAGCGAAGCCCGAAGCGACUCAGGCACCAAGUGAGGCUAAGGCAGAAGGUCAAAACGCGACUUUAAGUGAGGAAAGAACCAACAACGACCCAGCGCCAAGAAGGAGUCGCCCGCAGGUGAAGACGAUCGUGAAACGGGGGCUGGCGAGAACUGACGCCCCACCCAACACCCCAGAGUUCUCUGGCGCCAGCGCUACCGCACCGGUGACCCCAACCACCGCGGGCGCUCCUCCUCUGCGACGCACAGCCUCAUCCUCCAGAUCACCCUUGAGAUCGCCAUCGAGGACACCUGGCACCUCCCCGUCCUCCGGCGGCGUGCCAGACUGGGCCUUCAAUUCGAGUCCAACUUCUUCGUCCGUGUCGCCUUGGAGGGUGGAGCCCAAGCGACUCAGGCCGUCGUCCUUUUCGCGCAUCGAGGAUAGCGUGCACAGUGGACGAGGAAGUAAGGGCGUGGUGGGUGGGGGUGUGAUGGAGGAUGGCACAUCCCACGCCCACGUAGCCGCCCGCGUCGUCUCUGCCUCCUCCGCCGCCCACCGCAAGGCCCAGUCUCUCCCGGGGCAUUACAGCCGCCCUCAGCACUUCCAGCACACACCGCCACCGCAGUCCUUCAGGGAUGCUUUCACCACCAGCAAGAGUCCCACGCCCCCUGCUGUCUCUCCAGGCACUGCCCGCCAUAAUGCCACCCAAGGUCUGGCACCUGCCGCUCCUCCCCGGGGGCCGACCAGUCCCAGGGCACCAAGAGUCGUUUCCACUUCUUCCGUUGAGGUUGGAACAACAGCACUUACAACAGAAAAUGCAAGGUCAGCAUGAGCAGCGGCAGAAGGAAAGCGAAGCAGCAGAGAGGCAGGCUCCCGUGCAAGAGAAAAAGAGCAAGCGGUCACUGCUGAGUGGCAUCUUCCGGCGGCGCAAGAAGGGCAUGGCAGAUUCCAGCUCAUCCAGUAGUAGUAGCAGUAGCGAUAGUGAGGAACCACAGAAGCGGCACUUCUUGAGGAGGAAGAGUAAGAAAAAGGAGCCGAAGGAGAGGGAGCCUCUCCCCCCUCCCCCACCACCACCCCCUGCACUAGAGGACUACAGUCCUGUGUCUCGCGGUGCAGGUAGUGUGCGUGUCACGCCGCUGGAUGGUAGUAGUUCUCUAGGCUGUGAGAACAGCUUUAUGUCUACAGAUGGGCGAAGGAUGGUUCGAGUGGCGCCUGCUGGUGUGAUCGGCACCAGUAGAGGCUUGGACAUACAGCCUUUGGGAAUCCCCAUUACGCUAGCUCAGCAAGGGCGUCGUGGUGUCUCAGCCUCUCAUGACUCACUGCCUGUAAGCCUAGGCUCAUGGGCUGGAGGUGGUUCACAUGCCUCAUUAGGCUACUGUUCAGGGGGAGGAAUGGGUGCUCGCAGCUCUAGCACAGACACCAUAAGCAAGAAGGAGCGGAGGGAGGCACUGAAGGCGAGGGUGGAGAGACUGCGGGAUAAAUUCAAGGACUCAAGUUCUGAUGAGGAGAAGGCUUCUGUGUCAUCACACUCCAUGUAUGGCAGCGAGUCCAGCCUCUCUAAGACCAAUUCCCUUAGCAAGAGGUCCAGGGCUGCCCGCACAGAGCGCUUUCUCAGGAGAAAAUCACAGGAGCUGGAGACAUUGCGAACAGAAACAGAGAAGGAUCGGAGAAACCGUGAGGUUGUCCAGGCAAGGAUUCAGGAAAUCCAGCGGGUGCGAGAAUAUGAAGCUGAACGCAACAGAAUCAAUGAAGAGAAGAAGAAGGAGGCAGAAAAGGCACACAAACCAAGGUGGUCUGCCAAACUUGUAUAUCAAGAGUCAAGUGAAUAUGAGUCUUCUGUUGUUCUGCGGACACCGUCAGUGAGUCCUGCAGCUAGUCCACAUAUGAAAGCAAAGUUCCAAGGUCACAUUCCACGUCAGCCAUCGGAGACCAGGGAAGCUGUUGUCAUGAGAAAUAAACCUCAAUCAGUGGGAGUCUCACUAGUUCCACCAUCUGGACCUCACUUGAGAAGAAGUUUCCAGGAUUAUGAGACUCCUAUGCAAGGUGACCUACGUAGCCACAGAAGUGCUUCGUAUGACAGUAAUAUUAAUAGAAGUUCAUUCAUCAUGCAGUCUCCAGGAAUGUCUCCAGUUUCUAGCAGUAUUCCAAGCAACAGAUCUGGCCUGACUCCCCCUGCCCCUCCACCACGAGACCCAAGUAGAAUAAUGUCUCCUGCAGAUGGACGUCCAAUGUCCUUCUCAUUUGAAAGCCUCAACCAAGAUCCUAACCGUCCAAACUCCAGUCAGUCAAGUUUAAGUAACUUUACCAAAGGUUCGAGUCCCAGUCCAAGUGUCCGCUCAGUUCCAGCCUACCUCGGCCCAAAGCCUAAUGGUCCACAAGUGGGUCCACCUCCCUUGGUGACAGCACCUACACGUCGCUCUUUCUCAGAGCUUCAGCUGUCUCCACAGCAGCAGACUCAGCUCAAGUACAAUUCUGGUGGUGCUCCUGCACGUCCCUCACCUCCAGGUUACCCAAACACUCAAUAUAGGUAUACUGACCAGCCUCCACGGCCCAUUGCACAGAACCAAUAUUACCGUGCACAACAACAGCAGCAGUAUGCACAGCCAUUACAACAGUUGCAGCAGCAUACCCAGUCACAACCACAAGUGGUCCAGAGUCAACAAAAUAACCAAUUAAAAUACUAUACUGAUCAAUCACCUCAGUAUGCCAAGAUUGUGCCCAUUAGCAGUGUUCCUCCUUCACCUUCUUCAGAUUAUUCAUCAUACAUGAGUGAUAACAGUGCAAGGCUCCAGCAGGUUAAUACAGCAUGGCGUCAGAAAGAGCAAGAGAUCAAGAACAAAAGGAAUUUACCAUCUCAAGUACUGAGUGAUUCUUCUCGCUCAAACAGUCCAAAAGGUAUUGAUGGGAACAACUCUAACAACAGCAUAUCACUGGGAGUAGACCAACAAGCUGAGGAGACCUAUGGUAGCAUUUUGCCCAAGAAGCCUAGGCCUCCACCAAUUACUCUAAAGCAAGCAGAGUCUCUCAGCUCACUCUCUGGUCAGAGUGAUGUGUCAAGUCCUGUACCCAAGGGACCAGACUCAGACUCCAGUCAAAGCAGUCUUGCACGGGAAAAGAAGACAGUGGCUCAGAACAGGCCUCUUUCUAUGGUUCUUGAGAAGUCAGAGUCUGCUGAGAAGGAUUCUCCUCCUGUCACCCCUAAGACACAACCUCAGCCUCCACGUCGAGGUCAUCGCCAACUUGCUGCAUCAGACCUGUCAGCAACUAAGCAACAAAUACUGCACAACAUCAUCAAACACAAGCGUGAACACCCUCAGGACAAACCCAAAUACCAGAAAGAGUUUGAGGAGAUGUACAGGAAGGAGAAGGAGAGGCUUGAAAAAAGCAAGUGCUCUAACUUUGAGGAAGCUUUAAAGGAACUGGAAGAGAUCUAUGAUAGCCUCAAGCUGGAUAGUGAUGACAUAUUAGAUCGUGCAGAAAGGAGGGACUUACCAACUGUCCAUCAGCAGUUGAGGAGCAAUAAGGAUGGACAAGAUACUUUUAAUGACUCGACCAGUGAAGCUACUGAGACAGACUCCACUGUAAAAGACAGGAGUAGCAGGCCACGAACACCCAGGAUGAGAAGAGCAGGAGUGCCAGAUAAACAGUCUGAUGACAUGCACUUCAGACGGUGCCAACAGAGCAGUCGGAACCAGCCAGAUGUACAAAAAGCCUUGCAGAUGACUGGAAGUUAUCUGCUGGUCUCCCCAGCCCAUACCACACCCUCUGAUGUGGACAAAAAUGUUCCUAAAGAUCCAAUGCUGGAGGGCGAACCAGACAUAGUUUAUGAUGAUGUAUCUUAUCGAAACAUCAAACAAGCAAAUGCUAUCAAAAUUAUUGAUCCUCAGCCACCCUUUGGUAUACCUUUAGGACCGACCACACAGUCAUCUCCAAGUGACUACUUGCAUGUAAGCAGAAAAGAUAACUAUAGGCCCAAAAUGAUUGCCAGGAAACAGCCAGAUACAACCAUGGAUGACCUGGCUUUCAGGAACCUGCGAAAAGAACAAAGGGACAGAGAGCUCAAUACUUCAGAGCUGGAUGAACUUCUUUCAGAAGCCAACACAGAUUCCCCUGUACACAGACGACGUGCAAUUAGAUCCAUGUCUGCUGACCGUGCCCGUGCUAUGCAAAAUGAGCAUAAUCUACAGCUUGGACAUGAGGUUGUAGGUGCUAGUGCUUCAAAAGACAGAGGUGGUAAAUUGCAAACACCUCGGAGAGUAAAGCAUCAGCAAGAGGCACGUCGUGCAGGGAGGUUCUUCGAGAGCUACAAGGAUGCUAUAGGUGAUAGUGAAUCAGGUCUUACAUCUCCAAGACACAAUCCCAGCUGGCUAGAGCGUGCAAACCUGACAGACAACAAGUGGGAAAACCUUAGUACAAGCAACCUCAGCAACCUUAGUACCAGCACUGAGACACUCACAGAAAUGUCAUCAGCAAGAGCAGUUUCUCAGCCAGACAUUCGGCAGGCCAUUAUUCGUGAAGCCAGAGUUCCUCCAGGUGGUCCCUCGACAUGGAUAGAGUCCAAGAGGAAAUGUGCAGAAGCUUCUUUCACCACCGAUACACCCACAAUCACAGCCAUCACUGCUCCGAAACUUGUCAAGAUCCAGACCAUUCAGAGUUCACCUGUCUCACCUGUUCUAGUAGAGCGGAAACCCUACAGGCCCCUGGAUAGCAUCUUCAACAACAAGCCCAAACCAUUCUACUUGGCUGAUCCCAAGCCCACAGAACCACAGCAGAAGCAAGAUCCUGUGGAUAUUGCACAUUUGGAUGCACUCAUCUCCACACUUUCCAAGAUUGAGACCAACGAAGAGACUACAACCCCGUCUACACCACCAUCUACUUCACCACUGACAGAGAAAAAUGUUGAUAAUGAUAAGCCAGAUGUAGUUUGUGACCCAGACGUAUUUGCUAAGCCAGACACCAUCAGUAAGCCAGACACUAGUACCCCCUUGAAAAUUAGUGAAGAACCAGUAUAUGAGAAUGUGUUCGAGCCCCAACAGAGUGUUAACGAAUCCACUGAGCCUGUAGAAAAGAUCUGUGCCAAAGCCAACAUUGAGAAGGCCAUACGUUUGUCCAUGGCCCUGGAAUCGAGUAACAGUGAAGGGGAGCGGGACGAUGAGGUGGAGUUGACGAAGCGACAUCACGCUGAUAAUGGAGGCUCACUUGUGACGGAGACGAGAAAGAGCGACCAAGGGAAGCAGAAAGAGAGGCGAAAGAGCGAAGGAGAGAAACACAAGGAGAAGGAAAGGAGGAGAGACGGAGAGAGAGCGAAGGGGACGAGCCACGGCAGUGAUAAAUUGAAGGAGAGGGAGAAGAAGGACAAGAAACUCGAGUAUGAAAGGCUGAGGAUCGGAGAGAGAGAGAAGAGAAGGAGUGAGAGAGAGAAGGAGAAGAGGAAAUCGCUCGAGCGGGAAAGGAGAGCGCCGAAUGAGGAGGAGAAGAGGGAGAGGAAGAAGAGCGGCGAAGAGAGAGAGAGGAGAAAGAGCACAGAUCGCGAAAAGCGGAGAAGCGAGGAAAAGGAGAGGAGAAGGAGCGAGGAGAGAGAGAAAAGGAGGAGUGAAGAACGGGUGAAGAGGAAGAGCCCGGAGAAAGCGAAGAGGGAAGGAGAGAGGAGGGAGAGAAGCUUCGAUAAAGAAUAUGCGAGGCUGUCGCUCUCCCCCGAAAAGAGAUUAAGCGCGCGGAGCUGGAGAGGAGGGAGCGGAUCCAGAGAUACAAGGAUGAAAGGAGGAAGCAGAUCGCGGCGAGGUAUGGCACGGCGGAGUGGUCGUCCUCGGAGGAGAGCGGCACGGGCGAGGAGUCGUCCUACCGCGCCUACAGGAGGAGACGGCGGGGGGGUCGUGACACCAACGACUCCUCCACCAACGACCUGUCUUCUCAGGACGCCAAGAGGCCGCACGAGAACGGGUCGUCCUUGGAGGGUCGUGGCGGCGGAGGUCGUCGCGGCGUGCUGGGCUCUUCGUCGGAGGACGUUGUCGCCGCCGGCGCCUCCGUCAGGACGACGCGUGCCUCGCGGCUCCGCCAGGCCGCGCUCGCGUCGCCCAACGCCAGGGCGUGGGAGAACGCGGGCGUGGAGAGGCACCCCCGGACUUGCCGCCUCCGAAACGUCCACCAGACCAGGGCGAUGCGCGCGCGGGCGUGGGCGUGGGCGGCGACUCCGCGGACUCGACCCUGACGAGGAGAGAGACAAAUCGCACAAACGCAAGUCCAAUCUCAACCGCUCAACCACCGAGGAGGCGACGGCGGAUCCCUUCCCGCUCACGCACCCCAGCGACUCCAAUGAGGACACCCCCAGACGGAGGCGGCGCCGAACGCCCUUGUCGCCGGUGGGCGGAGGUCUGCCCUCGGUGGCGGCCGCCGAGCCCCUCAAGACGCCCGAGGUGGUGCGACAUGUGGUGUCGCGCCUCACGCCCCUCAGGGAACGCAGUCCGCGCCCUCCACCCUCGACUCGCGCCACGGCCGCCACGCCCACCAGCAGGUUCUCUUCGGUGCGAGCGCGACCGGCGACGCCUCGAGCACGCGCCGGGUGAGCGCUUCCUCGGAGAACGAGGAGGGUCUGAGCACACGGAAGGUUCCUCCGAAGCUAGCGCCCCUGAGGAAACCCGAUAUUCCCGACGUCCUCCGCCCCAAAGACAACACGUCCUUAGCGUCCCCCGGCGUGGUCAGCACCCCGCCCACAUCCCGCCCGUCCUCCGUAGUGCUGGACAAGCCGCCCCUCGCCCCUGAGGGACUCCGACCCGCGGCCCUUCGUUCGUCCCUUAGGAAGCCGUCUGACACCGGCACCUGUUUCCUCGCAGCGCGAAGGGAGAAGCGGGACGAAGCCACGAACGGCGCCGCGACCGGGGCCAAGAGCGACUUCUUCCGGGAGCAGCAGAAGCCCAAGAAGGGCGACCGCCUCUCCAAGUCCGACAUGAACCUCAAGAUCGACAGCAACAGUGGGGGGAGAGCGGGUGACAUCUCUACUCCCACGGGUACAUCCGACGCUGAGGGUGGCGAAGCCUCGUCGCCGCCCCUGGCUUCCCCCUCUCUGCCAAACGCGGAGGUUAUGAGUUCUAGGCUGGAGGCCCUCACGGCACGUGCCAGGGAUGCCAUGGAUCGAGCGGACCGCCUGUCGGAGGACACAGCCGUCACCCCCGAGAGUGCUGACACGAUGGUCCACGAGUGCGAGCAGUACCUGACCACCGUGACGUCCUCGGGCAGGAGGGAGUCCCCGGGCACUUCGCGUCGUCGAGACCUGGGCGCCGCAGGCAUGGAAGCGGCUAGCGAAAGGUCUCAGCCUUCGCCAGCUGCCGUCACGGGUGUUCUUUCUGACACUGGCCAGAAAAACUGGGUCGGGGGCUCUGAAGGGCGUGGUAAAGAAAGUAAGCGGAUGGCUAAUGAAAAGGAAGUGAAGAAGAAGGAGACAAAAAGAGAAAGCCAAGCGGCGUCAGGGGGCGAGAGAAUCCCUGGCGCCCCCGCUGGACCUUCAGGGCCCCCGGAUUAUGUUGCCUUCAUGGACGAAAGUGUCUCUCCGCCGCCAGAGGAAGUAGUACUUGGCCUUCAGCACCGUCAUCUCGAGGAUGAAGAGGACGAGGGAUCCGACACUUCUCCCCUCAGGAGCCCCGAGCACCGAGGCAGCGGCAGGUGCAGGCCGCGCCGCUGUUCCCUGGAUGGGGAUUCCCCGCGCACAAAUUCCCCGGACCCGCAAUCCAUCCUGAAGCGACGGUCCUCCCGCGAGGAUGUGAUGCCGGAUCGUCCCACCACCCCAGAGCCGCAUGGCAUCCUCAAGCGUAAGACAUCCUCCCGCACUUCUAGUCUGGAUGCGCAGGAGGGUGAGCCUCGGCCCAUCCUCAAGAAAAAGAGCAGCGCCGAGGAGUUGGAACAUUUCGAACCUCGUCCGAUCUUAAAGAAAAAAUCUUCGACCGACGAUGAGCUGGAUGACAGACCCAGAUCCAUCCUGAAGGGUGGUCGGAGCAGAGAGGACCUUGACCGCUCCGAGGGCGUCAUCUCACCCAAUCCUAUCCUUAAGAGGUCGCCUAGAUAUGACAGCGAAGGCGAAGGGGAGUUGCGCCCAAUUCUCAAGCGGCGUGACACCACAGAUGGCGUUCGUUUGCGCCUGCAUGUGUCGGAUGGAGAAGAUGUAGAGGGUGACCUGCCUAGUGUCAGGGUUAGAAGUGAUUCUGCCCCUGAAUCUGCAAUCAGAAUGAGGGGGCGCUCUCCCCCCGCGCCCACCGCCACACCUGCGCACGGCAUUUUAAAGAAGCGCGGCGCACACUCACCUGCACGCUUCGACCAAAUGGACAGCGAACUGGGCGCAAUCCUGAGAUCUCGACGGUCCCUAGGCCCAGGUGACGUAGAGGCGGAUUCUCCCAGCAGCACCCCUAUGCGGCCCGUGAGUCCUUCCCUCGUGGCUCUCACCAAAAGGGAAGACGCCUCCGUGGCCCGGUCAGGAGAGCGACCUCUGAGUGUGGCUGAACGCGUGGCGGGCAUGGAGGCCGCUCGGCAGGAGCCAGUUCGACCUCCUGCUCCGAGAUCCCCUACGCCCACUCGCAGUCCAGGGGCACGACCCAAGGUCACAGCUGCCUUCCUAAACAACAUCAGGACACCGGAGACUGAAAGAGAGAGCAGGCGAAACGGAGCCUACAGCUUGAUGGCAGAACCUGCAUUGACAGGGGAGAGUGCCGAGGCCAUCAACGAAGCAUUUUUGGACCGUCCAGUGGUAGAGGCCUUCAACAGUGCCAUGACCUCCAGCCUUGACUCCACGCCUGACACCCCGUCCUCUGUUUCACAGAGAGCUGCAUUCUUUGCACAGUUGGAGCGUGAACAGAAGAAGCCUGGAGACACGAGCUCGGGAUCUAAUCGUUCCACGCGCUUUGGAAGUAGAAGAGAACGAGGAACAAGGCACGCGACUCAACCUGUGACAGAGGAUGAGGUGAGUCAGGCAGCAAGAAUGGCUGACGCUUCUGACUCUGCAUCAGCCUCUCACGACUCGGACUGCACACCAGCACGAAGAGAAUCACUGCCAUGGAUGGGUGGCACCACAGGAGGCUCUAGUAGCAGUCAGGAUGAAAAACACAAGACCUGGGACAGUAACAGUGUGGGGGCACGUGUGGCCCUUUGGACCCGCAUGUUGGAGGAAGAGCGCAGACCAGCAGCUCUCCCCACCGACAGUGUUCAGGGCCCGCGUCGGCGCUCCCGAUCCACUCGCUUCAGAACACAGCCAGUUACCAUGGAGGAGGUGGCCCAUGCACACGCCCUUAACAACCACCAGGCUGUGACCCCCCCAACUGCAGGAACCCCCACUGAGGAGCAGGACCUAGCGAGUGGAUUCCGAGCAGCUCGUGAAGCUGUUUUAAGGAACGCUGGGGAAGUCCUCCAGGGCUUGACUCCUGGCUCCUCACCCAGAAGACGAGCAGGCAGCAGGAAGACCUCCUUCAAUGAACCUGAGGAGGACAACUCUUCUGAUGGAGUGAGAGGUAUCCUGAAGCGAGAGAGCUCGGGAGGAUCGCGUGACGGCCAGCGAGACAGUCCUCGAUCCAUCCUCAAGCACCACCACUCCUCCUCGUCCACGGACUCGCGCCGAGCGUCCUUCUCCGAGUCCGAAAGCCACCCGAGAGGUAUCCUUAAGGCGGAGAGUCCUCUGCCACCCCCCGUGGGAUCCCCGGAGCAUGAGGCCAAGCUCCUCAGGGGCGUUUUGAAGAAGGAUUCCAGUUUGGAAGACUCCAAGGAGAUCAAGUCCAUCCUCAAGCCUGAAUCAGAGUCCUUAGACCCUGAUCACUCCUCAGACUCCUCCUCAGAUGACGUGACGCUGACAACUGCCAACACGCCGCAGGGCCAGGAGUGCGACCUCGCCGAGUCCAUCCGGGAAAUUGACCCCAUUCGUCACAAAGAAGAGCAGCACAAGUCGGACUCGUUCAAGUCCGAGCACCACCGCGUGGACCUGGCCGAGGCGCUGCGGCAGGUGGAGCCCAUCAAGGCCAAGGAUGACCUGGCCGAAGCCCUGAGGCAGAUCGAGCCCAUCCGCGCAAAGGACAGGAGCCGCGAGAGGGACGACCGAGCCAAGGAAGACGCACAAACCGCAGUCACAAAGGAGCUAAACUCGUCCAAAAAAUCAACGUCCAGCAUGAUGACGACGACGACGAUGGUGGCCACCUCGAGCAUGGCCUCGCCCUCCUCCUCGUCUACGUCCAAUUCGGAGAACGAACUCAAGGUCAUCAAGAACGAGGCUGUGAUGAGGCGGAGGACGGCGCACUCCAGGCGAUACGACGAGCGGCGGAGUAUGGUGGAGCUGAGGAGCCUGGAGAAGGAUAAGCCCGAGGACUCGAGUGCGGCGGCGCCCACUCCAGGGUCGUCCUCGAAGCGGCACCAGCACCCGACGCCGCAGGAUGGUGGCGGCAGUGAGACGGCGCCGCCAAGGCUCCUCCAGGGGCUGCGACCUCGCCAGGUUCCUCUAUCAACGACAGACUCGCGGCAUUGCAGAAGAAUGGAGAAGAAGGCUGGAAGAGUAGACUCAAGAACGACGGCAAAGAUGUUAACUCCAACGUCACCCUCAGGCCAAAGCCUGUGGGUGGUCUUAGGGAGCGUCCUGUCAGUCUCAUGGAGAGGAUGUCUGCCCUGGAAAAUUCAUCACAGCAAUGGCGUGGACGUGUCACUCAGUCAGAUGCUACCAAGUUCACUGUGGCACAUAAGAUGGCGUCUGCUUCUGCAUCCUGUGUUCCUUCCGUCGUGAGUGGGGUUACACCAGUACUAACGGUUACGCCAGACCAGCCAACAACACCUGUCGGUAGCCCUACAGUAGAACGUAAGAAGCGCUCCCCCAGCCAGAAGGUUUUCAAGAGCAAAACUGGAGGAAAUAUUCCAUCACUUCUAAAUAAAUCCAGCCCUCUUAGUGCGAGGAAGGAUUUCAGGCGCAGUAUCUCAACUCCUAAUGACAGGGACAAGAAAGCUGAAGCAGUUGAAGGUCCUAGUGUAGCAGUCCCUCGUGCUGAUGAUGAAGAUUUCAUGGCCUUCUUCAGCAAGACAUCAGCAUCAGAGACUGUACAGUCACCCGAAGAUGGUGUGCCUAGUCUUGGAGAUGCAGACUUUGACCUUAUAUCAGAAACCGCAUCUCAGCUUGUCGUGAAGCGCCGAAGUGUUCGGGUGACAAGACGGCAAGCCACUUCCAGGAAUCCACUUAAGGCCUUGGCUGCCCGAGAGGAUAUCAAGUCGGAGUACACAGAGGUCAAGUUGGGCAUUGGUGAGAAGGAACUGAAGAGGAUGAAGGUGGAAGAACUGUCGAAAGGAUCCCCAUUGGCAGUAGAAGCACUUGCUGGACUGGCAUCAAAGGAGAACUUUUCUGCUGUGGCCCUAAAAAAGGUGGAGAACAAUCCUGUGGUACGAGAGAUGGCCCCAUACACAUCACUUAUGUUACUACAAGUCAAGGGCCGACGUCAUGCUCAAACUAGAUUAGUGAAGCCUGCCGUGUCAUGUGUUAAUCAGGGAGAUGAUUUUAUCCUUAUAACACCCACAGAUGUUUUCCACUAUAAAGGAGAAUUUGCUAAUGUGAUAGAGAGAGCCAAAGCCUCAGAAAUUGCCCAGUAUAUAGUCCAGAAGAAGGACAUGGGAAUAGGUUCUGCUGUUCGGAAUGUGAUAGAGCUUGAUGAAAAUUCACCUAGUGGCAGGAAGGCCAAAUUCUGGAGACUGCUUGGUGGAGAUGAAGCAAGUUCAGGGCAGUUAUGUGGCAUGCCAGAUGAGGAUGAAUUAAUUGAAGCAUCCUUGGUGGCUGCAAAUAAAGUUUAUGAGGUACAGGAAGACUCACUGGUUCCAAUUGCUGACUCUUGGGGCCAGAUGCCAAAGAUAGAGAUCUUGCAAUCAGAUAAGGUGCUAGUGUUUGACUUCGGUCCAGAGCUGUACAUUUGGGCAGGAAAACGUGCUUGUGGAGAUGAGCGAAAAGUUGGGCUCGCUCUCGGAAGGGAACUGUGGGAAGAAGAAUAUGAUUAUUCUGAGUGUGAUAUUAACCCCAUAACACCAAUGGUUCCUCUCUCUCAGGCUGCACUCAAAGGUAUACGACCAGAGUGGGGUCUUUGUGCCAAGCUUACGGAGAAUGUUGAAACUAUUGUCUUCAAAGAAAAGUUUAUCGAUUGGCCUGACUUAGCCCAACAGUCACGCAUCAAGGAGGUCAAGAAAGAUAUGGAUCGCCACGUAGCACCAGUAUGUGAAUUGCAGCCAUGUGAUGCACGGGUGAUGCUAGAGGAGCUUCCACCUGAGCCUGAUCUGGUGCUGGAGAUGAGUCACUUGGGACGUGGUGUGGAAUACUACGACGAGGAGGAGCGUCGCCUUCUGAACAUCUCGACAAAUGAUUACAAGAUCUGGCAUGUGUCAGAAUAUGGCAAAGUGCUCAUGGAUGAGGAAGCCCGCAACCAUCUUCAUGAAGGAGACACAUAUGUUGUCCGCUGGUAUUACUUGAUCACAGCAACUGGUAGGACUCUCAAGGGUGAGCCAUCCAAGCACAAUGUGACAGGCAGGUCACGUGUGGCUUACUUUUUCUGGCAGGGCAAAGACAGCUCUGUGUCAGAUAAGGGUGUUUCAGCUCUCAUGACAGUGGAAUUAGAUGAAGAGCGUGGACCUCAUGUUAGAGUCUCCAUGAACUCGGAGCCACCAGCCUUCCUUAACCUCUUCCAAGGAAGCCUCAUUAUACACAGAGGUCGACGUGAUGAGGAACAGAAUAAUCAGAAUUGGAAGUUGUUCAUGGUCAGGGGAGAGUUGGAGAAUGAAGGCCAUCUUGUGGAAGUAGAAGUGAAUUCUAGCUUUUUACGAUCAAGAGGUUGUGUGGUUCUGCUCAACACCAAGACAGGUAUCAUCCAUCUUUGGCAUGGUGCCAAGGCACUAAGGCACACACGAAAGGUUGGUAGUAUAACAGCACAGAAGGUCAUAGAGACUUCUGACAGUGAGAUGGGAUGGACUCCAGGUAUCACAAAGAAACUCAAAGAACAGUUUGAAGGUGCCGAGUCUCGCGACUUUUGGGAAGGAUUUGGAGGAUCUUCGGCUAAAAACAAGCAUUUCUCUCUCUUGGAGGAUGAACACUCCUAUGACUGGACUCCUCGAGUAUGGCACAUGGUAGCAACACAUGAUUCCUUCCAAGCUAAUGAGGUUAUAUGCUCGUACCGGGCAACAUCAGUCCCUAACCCUUUGCCAGUUCUACAAUCAGACUUUUACUCAGUGGCCCAGCCAGCCUUAUUUGUGGUUGAUGGAGGACACAGAGUGUGGGUGUGGCAAGGGUGGUGGCCUGAUGAGUCAGUUGAGGGUCAGGACUCUAACACAACUGGAUCUGCUGUUUUGCGGUUUAACUUUGCCCGUCGAGCUGCACUUGAAACAACCUUGAAUUAUUGCAAGCUUAAGGCAAAGGCACAAGCCAAAGCCUUGGCUGCAAAAAGUUACAAAAAGAUUGAGGUUGAGGUGGAUGUAGUGGAGCCACAGUUGGUGGUUGCGGGGAUGGAGCCAUUAGAGUUCACCAAUAUUUUCCCUACGUGGACACCCAGACCUGAUGUGACUGCCAUUCAGGAGAAGGAGGGUCGGUGGAAUGAUGGCGGUCAGCACUCAGUGUCUGACAUCUUGGCCCAGCUCUCUCGCACCAACUACUCUCUAGCUGAGCUGACUACCAAGCCUCUGCCUGAUGGUGCUGAUCCCUUACAUCUGGAGGUUUAUCUUAGUAAUGAGGAAUUUGCUGAGGCACUUGGUAUGAGCCGGGAGGAGUUUUACAGUGUUCAGAGCUGGAAACAAACUGAACUUAAGAAAAAGGCUAACCUUUUCUAGGAAUGAUGAAUAAAACAAUGCCAUAUAUCUUUAGCAUUCUGGGUUAAUGCUCAUAAGUGAAUCUCAGAUUUCAAUUUUCUUUUUCAAGAAGCAGUCAUUUUAGUGAUUGAAUAUGGAAGAUAAAAAAAAAAUGCUGAUAUGUUCAUAAUGAUUAAUCCUGAAUUGCCAGUAAAAGUAUGUUAGUCAAUACAGUAUAUAUAUUUUUAUCAUACAAUAGAGAAAUUAUUUGUUGUAUAUAAAAUUGUGUAUAAAGAAAAUCUGAUGCUCUUCAAUACAUCUCAAUAUGGUAAGGUGCUUUAAAUCUUCUAUGUGGUGUGACAAGGUGUGAAAUUUUUGCUAUUAUACCAUUCUGCUGUUCUUCCAUAUCAGUUACAAAAUAUCAUUAACUUUAUUUCUCUAUUUUGUGGAAAUGUUAUCAACACAAGCUGUGAGAUAGUCGAGAGGUCUAAGUCACAUUAGGCAUCUUCUUUGACUAGUGACAUUUGUAUUCAUUGGGAGUUUGGUGAGGGAGAAACAGGGUUCUUGGCUAAAAUGCCUCAUCCAUCCCUGCCUUUCCUGCUUCUUUCAUCUGCGGCGAUUGCUCUAUGUGCCUUUCCACAUGCUAACAUGUAUUUGUCUGCCAAAUUUUAGUGUCUUCUAAACAUUACAAUGUAGGAGCCCUGGAAACAGUCCAGUGCCACACCUACUUUCUAGAUAUCUCCAAGCAGCAGCCAUAUCCAGAAAUGGUCUGGCUUAUCCAUGCUUUGCCAGCCACAGCUAAGGGUGUCCUGGUAGAAUAUCAGUCCACCAGAUAUUAGUUUAAAGAUGCACAAGUCUUAGAUAUGGCAUUUUAAUCACUCUUGUGUUGCGUGACGUGAUGUUUGUGCCUUGUUCUUACCUUGGCUCUUCUUAGUGAAAGUUCCACAUGACUGCUGUGUGUUAGUCAAACCAACAUGAGUCUAGUCCCAGUCCUGGUUUAUGAGGGGUAUCGGGGUUGUGGGUCCCAAUUCUAGCAACAAGAAGUGGAAAAAGCAGUCUUGAAUAUGUCAUUUAGGCAUUUUGUACUUACAAGUACUUUUGAAAAAUAAAGCUAAAGGAAAUACAAACAACAAGCAUUGAAUUGGGAAUUUGGAUCUUGGUGAACAAGGUAUGGAGAUGAGCACACCUCGACCUCCUUACAAGUCUUCGGUAAAUGAAAAGAUUCAUACCUGUAGUAUCCAUAGGCCAAUGGUGGGUUACUGUAUAUAAUGGAUGCAUUUGUAUCAUCUAUUUUAUGCUGAUCUUUAUGGAUAUUUCCAGUGUCUAUGCUAAUGCAACUAAUUAUACAAUGAUCAUGUAAAUACAAAGAGCCUCUUUUGUAAUUUUGCUACUUUAUGACGUGUACAGACUGUAUCCCAUUUAAGUGCCAGAUAUGAGUGGAUCUUCUGGCACAGUUAAGCUUAUAGAAACUUGUAACGUUAGGUUAGUGAUUCUCAUGUGUGCAACUUGAUAGCUUGGUUUUGUGAUAUCUUUUCAUUGUGAAUAAAACCAAGUGAGGAAAUUGUUUUUCACUCUCAGUUCAACUGACCUUAAAAUUUUGGUUAAAUUGGAGGUCUUAGCUUUAUAUGCAGUGAUUUAAACUUACUGGUCUUGAAUAUUGUAUAGUGAUUCUGUUUAUUUAAUAUUUCUGUUAUAGAGAAAUUAUUAUAUAGUAGCUGUUCCUUUCCCUAUUUUGUAACACUUGAUUCUCACAUGACUGCAUCAAGCCAAAUUCCCAUUGGCAGUCAUUAUGUCAGUUUGUUUUUCUUAUCAUUUGAGGGAGUACUUAAUUUAUCUUCAUCUAAAGUUAACAUUUAGGGGUCCAAAUCUUAUAUGUUAAUGCUUCUCAGCAGGACUUGUGCAUGGAAUUAGAUUUUUUCUUGAAAUAUAUCCCUCAAGGUCUGUUUAAUGAUCAGCCAAUUAACCCUUACACACAUUACAGACUGUACUGGCCGUGCAGUGUAGUUGUGACCCAACAUAAUAUUAUCUUAGCACAGCCGUUUUUGUAAUUAAUUUACCAUAUUUCUUCUUUAAUCAUAUUUGAAAUGUAAAUAGAAUAUCUCAAUGUAAUUUAUGCUAAAUACACAUGUCUUUCCAUUACC